AUGGCCUGGACCCUCCUCCUCGGCCUCCUGGCUCACUGCACAGGCAUUGUGUCCUCCUAUGAACUGACUCAGUCACCCUCGGUGUCGGUGCCCCUGGGACAGACAGCCAGGAUCACGUGUGGGGGGAACAACAUUGGAAGUAAAUAUGUUCAACGGUACCAGCAGAAGCCGGGCCAGGCCCCUGUGCUGGUCAUCUAUGGUGAUGGCAACCGUCCCUCGGGUAUCCCUGACUGGAUAUCUGCCUCCAAAUCGGGGAACAUGGCCACCCUAACCAUUAGCAGAGUCCGGGCUGAGGACGAGGCUGACUAUUACUAUCAGUCAUAUGACAGCAGUUAUAAUGCUGCAUUCGGCGGAGGGACCAAGCUGACCGUCCUGGGUCAGCCCAAGUCCUCGCCCUCAGUCACUCUGUUCGCGCCCUCCAAUGAGGAGCUCAACGCCAACAAGGCCACCCUGGUGUGUCUCAUCAAUGACUUCUACCCGGGCAGCGUGACGGUGGCCUGGAAGUCAGGCAGCACCACCAUCACCAAGGGCGUGGAGACCAGCCAGCCCUCGAAACAGAGCAACAGCAAGUACGCGGCCAGCAGCUACCUGGCCCUGACGGCCAGCGAGUGGAAAUCUUAUGAGAAGGGGGUCAGCUGCCAGGUCACGCACGAUGGGAAAACCGUGGAGAAGACAGUGUCGCCCUCCGAGUGCCCUUAGGUCCUGGUCCUCACAUCCUCAGGGGACUGGAGCCACAGGACCCCUGGAGGGUCUACCCACCCACCCUGGUCCCCCCAGCCCUUCCUCCUGCACCCAGUCAACUCUCAAUAAAAUGUCCUCAUUGUCAUUCAGAA